ACGAGAGGCAGAAAAAAAAAGGUAAUGGCGCUUAAUGGUACUCAUCUACUGGUGGCGGCAGAGGUGUGGGUGCCGUGGGUGUUGCUCCGCCGGGAUGACAAUGGUACUCUACUUUCUUCCGGCAUCCUUAUCGAAUUUAUGAAUAUCUUCGCCUCCAAAUUAAAUUUCACGUAUUCAGUGAUCAAGUCCGUGGAUGGAGAAUGGGGACGAUUCUUACCAAAUGGUUCAACCACAGGAAUGAUCGGCAUGAUUCAGAGGAAGGAGGUGGACAUGGCACUGGGACCUUUCAGCAUCACUUACAUCAGGUCAAAGGUCAUCGACUUUUCCGUGCCACUCUAUAUCGACAAUUUCGGCAUCUUCCUCCCUCGGCCGCGUCAGGAGCGGGAUCUAGCUGGCUUCACUAAACCUCUCGCCCUGGAGGUGUGGGUGACUCUGUUGCUGGUAAUUGCGGCCAGUGUGGUUCUUGGAGUGUUCGCCAACUGGGUGACGGAAAGGUGGCGCCUCCCAGGUACUCAAGGCGUCAAGGAAGGCUACGUUUUCCGUCCCAGCUGGCUCCUGAGGGCUCUGCUUUUGGAGCCCGUCGACAGGCUGCCGACGUCGCUGACGGGUCGCGUGUUGCUGGGGGCGUGGCUAGUGGCGGGUCUCAUCCUGGGCUCGGCGUACCAAGGCGUGUUAACCUCCUUGCUGGCCGUGCCCCGCGUCGCCGUGCCCGUCGACUCUCUCCAGAACCUGGUUGACUACGGCCGGCUCCCGUGGUCCGUAGAAUACGGCACUGCACUCCACCAGCUGUUUGGGGACGCCAAAUCAGGAAUACAGAAGAAGAUCCACGAAGGCGCUUUCCUGGUGACCAGUCUGUUCGAGGAGAAGGAGCGGAUAAAGACAGAGAGGUUCGCCCUCCUUUGUGACUUCUUCUCCAUGAAGCAGGUGAUGAGCGACGACUACAGUGCGACUGGGACGUGUAACUACUACAUCGCCUCGGAAGUGAUCUGGGCCUGUCCCAUGGCCUUCACUUUCACCAAGGGCAGCCCCAUCGUCCAGCACUUCAACAAGUGGCUGAUGAUGAUGAGAGAGUCUGGCUUGGUGAACCGCUACCUAGACGAGCUCACCUCCAAUGCCACCUUGUGUAUGUUGCCCCCGGGGAAGGAGCGCGGCAUCAUCACCCUCGUCCUCUCUCUCACUGACCUCGCUGGCAUCUUCCUCCUCCUGGUAGUAGGGCUGGCGGUGAGCACCAUUAUCUUGGCAGUGGAGAAACUGGUGCACUUGUUCUAGCCUGACCCAGUGACGCCAUCCAGCCACUGGAGAUGUCUUCUGAUGGUGACUUAUAAAGAAACUUUAUAACAUCAAAGGGUAGUCUCAUCAAGACGACAACUAAAAACUUAAUUCAAUUGAUAGCAGUUACGAUGGUUUGCUGGGCAUUUUAAAAAUAAUUUAUGGAGACAAUUUUAAUAUACUCCUAACUUACGAGACAAUUUCAACGAGAAUUAAAGAAAACUAAAAUUAAUUUUUAAGGUGUCUUCUUAAGAUACCUUUCAAGACAACUAUAGAUUACUCCGGGUAUAAUUUUUAAUAUGGUUAUCAAGAUAAUAUACAGGGUAGAUUAGGUCUCAGAUUAUUAUUAUUAUUAUUAUUAUUAUUAUUAUUAUUAUUAUUAUUAUUAUUAUUAUUACGGAUGUUACUUCUGAUAAUUCAUUUUAAUUUAGUAUUUAAAGUGGUCUCGAAAUUUGGUACACGAAGUUCAUACUAAGAUGCGACCACACUAACGGUAACAUGGUUUGUGACUGAGAUAGGUAAACACUGGUUUGGAAAUAGAGUGGUGGAUGAGUGGAACAAGUUACCAAACAUCAUCAUUAACUCGAACACGCUGGAUAGCUUCAAACAUAGGCCCAGUACGGGCCAAUAGGCCCGCUGCAAUUUCCUCCAUUCCUAUGUUCUUAUGUAGACACACGGCCACACUAACGGUAACAUCUGUUGAACAAGUAGACGUUAAUGUUAGCAACAAUAGUGUUGGGAACAUUUCGAGCAAUAGAGAUGCUUCCCGCAUAUGGUGGUAACAUUGGUAGGCAAUAUGUUGGUACUGCUGGUGUGGACUGUUUACUUCACCAUAGUUUCCAACAAUGGUGCCACCUCUAAGGCCCACAUAUUUGCCAACAGUGAUACAAACAUUGAUGCAUCCAUGUGCCUGAAGUUGUUGCCAACAAUGCUGACAGCUUCUACCGAACUGUCUGAAACAUUGCUCCCAACAAAGUUUCCGUUCGUGUGGCUACGCCUUUAGGUGU